UGGAAGGAGCAGGUUCCUGGGCCAUGACAUCUGGCCAAAUUUGGGUGGCAGUGGGUGGCAGUCUCUGUGCCAGCAUCCAGAAUUAUAAGGCCAUGUGCAGAGAUUUGAAAAAUGGCAACAAGUGAAAGUGUCAGCAUCUUUUGUUCAGUGUCCUUGGCUGUGGAGUCUGUAGAUUCACUUUUACCUGAGAAUCCUCUGCAAGGGCCAUUUCAAAAUGCUUGAAAUUAUAAUUUGGACAAUUAUACAGAAUUCCAGGUUGCAACAUGGAGAUCCCUGAUAGUUCAUGAGGCCCUUUAUUUCUUGUUCUGUUUAUUUGGGUUUUUGUUUCAAUUUAUACCUUACAUGAACAAGUGCAAAAUUCAAAAGGAUAAACCAGAAACAUGGGAAAACCAAUGGAAAUGCUUUAAAGUACUUCUCUUUAAUGACUUUUGUAUCAAGCUUCCUUUGAUUUGUGGAACUUAUUAUUUUAUGGAGUAUUUCAAUAUUCCUCAUGGUUGGGAGAGUAUGCCAAGCUGGUAUAUGCUUUUGGCAAGAUGCUUUUGUGCAGAGAUUGAGGAUGCCUGGCACUAUUUCUUACAUAGGCUCUUACACCACCAAAAGAAAUAUAAAUAUAUUCAUAAAGUUCAUCAUGAGUUUCAGGCUCCAUUUGGAAUGGAAGCUGAAUAUGCAUAUCCCUUGGAAACCCUAGUUCUUGGAACUGAAUUUUUCACUGGAAUCAUUCUUUUAUGUAAUCAUGUAGUUCUUCUUUGGGCAUGGUUGACCAUUUGUUUGCUGGAAAAUAUUGAUGUCCACAGUGGUUAUGAUAUUCCUCUGAACCCUUUAUUUUUUAAAUUUUACACAGGUCCAACCAUAUACCUGUGGUAUGGAGACUUUAUAGCAAAAGAAGAGUGGAGAGGGAUCAUGGCCCUAGGGCCCACUGAUCUUGGCACAUACUGCACCACCUGCCAUCCGGAAGGGGCUGACCUCAAAAAGCCCUGGAAUGACUAUCUGGAGGCAUGGCUGAAGCAACAGCUUGGAGGCAACUCUAUGAAAGUGGAGUGCCGUUUUUCAAGAUGUACCAUGUGCGUUAAAUCAAGACCUGUCUAUGACCCUGUGUCCUGA